AUGGGUCAGAAGUUCUUGGAGGUGAAAAGCACAAAGACGCUUCUGUUGUCAGCUUAUCAGGAGCACCGCUCAAAAUAUAAAGAGGUUCGUGUUAUUGCAGUGGUGCUGAGAGAGGAGAAGGCAGCCUAUCGCUGUCUCCUCUGUUGUCAAGAUCACCUCCAUCAGUCAUUAGGCUACCAAAGAAUACAUGAUGACCACUUUGGCUUUCCGUAUGGAGCAGCAGACAUCAUGUGCCCUGUCCCCUCUGGCUGUGAUACGGUGUCUCAUAUAGCUGUGAUCUCUCAUACAGCCAAAGAAACAGGAGUGAAAGAAUUCUUAGAGGUGAAGAACCAGAAGGCCAAAAGUGACUCCUUUCAGUUCAACUUCACCGUCUGCUUCUCCACUAUGUUUGAUUUCACCAAUUUGCUGCAGCUUGUCCAGAGUGUGGAAAUGCUGCAGUUACUGGGAGUAAACCGAAUUGUCAUCUAUAAGACCAGCCACAGCCCUGAGAUAAAGCAUUUACUCGACUACUACACACAGAAAGGUGUAGUAGAAGUGAUUCCUUGGUUGAUGACCAAAUAUCUGAAUGUUUCUCGAAGCUGGCGUCCUGACCUUAGUCCAGGAGACAUCCAGUACUUUGGCCAGAUUCCUGCUCUCAAUGACUGUGUCUACAGAUACAUGUAUGAAUCCAGAUAUGUGGCUCUACAUGAUGUUGAUGAGCUCAUACUGCCCCAGUCAGUCAACAGUUGGUCAGAGCUGCUGCCACAGCUGGAGGAAAAAUAUGGCAAGGACAAGUGUUACCUGUUCGAGAAUCACGUGUUCCCAAACAACAUCCUGCUGCCUUCUCCCACUUCCCAAACUCUGCCCCCGCAGAGCCGCUGGAACAAAGUCCCUGGGCUGAACAUCCUAGCUUACCUCUACAGAGAAACCUAUGUCCAGCAGAGCAACCGCAAGUUUAUUGUCAACCCUCGAGUUGUGUUUGAAACAUCUGUCCACAGCCUGCUGAGACCAUGGGGAAUAUGGAAAAAGGUUGACAAGGGAAUAGCACGGAUGUACCACACAAGAAGUUCAACACAACCCCAUCUGGUAGACACUCCAGGUCAGCUUAUUUAUGAUGCACGACUGUUGAGCUACAGCUCCAAUCUGACAUCUGCUGUCAACACUGUUCUCAGAGAGAGUGGACUUCUACCAGAGGGCAGCAUCAUUUAGCCACUUUUGGAAACUGAAACCUUCAUCAGAGAGGAUGAAGAUGAAGAAAUGUUUGAGAUACAAAAAUACUUUACUUGGAAUUAUCAUAUGUGUAUCAUAUGAUUUCUUUAUAUAGGGAUGGGAAUUAAUACAAAUUUAUUGAUAUUGAUGCCAUUAUCAAUUCUUCUUAUUGAUUCCUUCCUGUAAAUUUUCUUCUUGGAAAAAGUAGACUAUAAAGGUUUUCACCAUUGACUCCAAUUUUACUGAGUCUCUUCCUCUCUGAACAACAUGUAUGCCACCUUCAGUGAGAGUCAAUAGCUGGGUUUCCAUUACAGUUUUUCGCAAAAGAAAUAUUUCUUAAAUUUCAACUAAGUACAAUUGGACUUUGAAU